GGUGCCGGACCCAUGUGCAAGACCGACCAGCUCUCAGUGAAAUGCACUCUUCCACUGACCUCUGCUUUCCAGACUCCCCGGCCGGCUCUCUUCCUGCCGGGCCUGGGGCGGUAUCUGAGGAGAGACUUCCUAAGUAAGGUCUCGAGGCAACUUUCCUGACAAGGCGUGAGGGUGACCCACUGGGAGCAGGAGAGAUGGACAACGUGACUCUCCAGAUAUCUGCGGCGCCCUCCCUGACCCAAGACCCCAAGACCCGCCUGGGGCCUGGGACCCUGGACCCCGGGGCCUGAGGCUCGCUCCAGCCCUCCCGCCGGCGUCUACGCGGCAGUGUCUCCGAGGCGAGCGCGCGCGCGCGAACCCUGAGGCCAGCGGGCAAAGAGGUGGGGCCAAGUCGGCCCCGCCCAUCCGGCUCGAGCCUGACGCACUCAGCACUUUAGUCUAGCCCCUUGACGUACUCGGCCUGACGCAUUCAGCUCCGCAGCCAAUCGGGAAGCGCGGAGCAAGUUCAAAUAAAGACUGCGGGCGAACAUGGCGACUCCUCUUGGGUCUGGAAGGUAAUAGGCUUGCGUUCUGUCCCGAAAAUGUGGCGAGCCAAAAAACUGAACCUCAGUCUGUCGCCUUCACCCCAGCGGGGAAAAUCAGCUAUGAGAACUCCCCUCCGAGAACUUCCCCUGCAACCUGGCGCCCACACAAAUUCGGGGAAAGGGUCCGCUGUGUGCUCCUCGCAGACCCCGUCACCGUGCAAGCUGGGGCUGCAGGAAGACAGCAACAAUCCAGCUCCACUGGAUUUUAUCAGUCCUACCAGGAUAGAUUCCCCUUCAGAACGAUUCAGCUAUCCCUCAAAGUGGCAGGAAGCAUGUCAGCCUGAUUCAGAUGAGCAGCCCCUAGAUCUGAUUCCCCAAACCAACUCUACUCCCAAAACAUCUGAGGCAAUGGUAGAUCCACUGGACAAUUAUCUGGUUAAAACCAUGGUCCUCGUACCCUCUCCAAUGGAGCAGCAGAAAGACGUUUCACUAGAGACCCAUUUAGAUGCCAUGGCAGAGACAAACAGUAUCCCUCUACCUGAGCCUUUGAGGCCAGGAGAUCUGGUUAGAAAGGGAGUGGUACCCUGUAUGGAAGACAGCUUUUCAGAAGUUGAUGCUGUGCCUGAGAAACCAACAUUUCAGGAUCCUUCAUCCCAUCUCUUGGAAUAUCCACCAAAUCCCUGUACUGAGCAACAACUACAUUGCUCUAAGGAAAGCCUGAGAGACAGUACAACUGAGGCUGUGCCUGAGGACUUAGUAACUUCUGCGAGUAAUGCCUUCUUGCCCUCUUCUGUGCUCUGGCUUUCCCCUUCAACUGCCUUGGCAGCAGAUUUCCCUGUCAAUCAGGUAGACCAAGAAGAAGAAAUUGUAGAGCACAGAGCUAUAGAGGAAAGAGAAAUGAGCCUUCCUGCUGUCCCUGAAGAGACUGAAUUGAGAGAUAAAGCACUUGUCUCAACAAUGGAAGAUGUUUCAUCUGCAUGCCUGACACCAAAUCCAAUAGAAAUAGAAUCCCAGGCAACUUCAGAUCCAUCAGUAAAAGAUGCUGGUUUGAUUCUCGAAUCUGACACAGGGCCUAGGAAGUCCCCCCUGGCCUGGCUGGAAAAAGGGGUAAAUUCCUCAGUCAUGCUGGAAAAUCUCUGUCAGAGCUUAUCCCUCCCCUCUGUGCUUCAGGAUGCUGUGAUUGGUACUCCUCCCUUUUCUUCUUGCUCAGUAGGAACUUGGUUUACUCCCCCAGCACUGCAGGAAAAGAGCACAAACACAUCCCAGACAGGUCUGGUGGGCAACAAGGACAGUACUUCUGAGACAGAGCACCUUUUGUGGGGCUGUCCUCCAGAUCUAACUACCUUGUCCCGACAUGACUUGGAAGAUAAUCUGCUGAGAUCUCUUGUCAUUCUGGAGAUUCUCUCCCGCCAGCUGCAGGACUGGAAGAGCCAGGUGGCUGUCCCUCACAAGGAGGCUCAGGACAGUAGCACACAGACUGACACCUCACCUGGUGGGAUGACUAAGAAACCUCAGCAUUAUCAGAAGAGCCAAGAGAUUGGACAGGCUUUGCAGCAGGCCAGGAAUAUCAUGAAAUCAGGGGUGCUGGUCUUUAAAGAACUGACAUCCUUGUUUCACCUAUCCCUGUUGCACUUAGAAGAAGAUAGAACUGCUGUGAAUCAGGAGUCUCGGCAUGCAGAAACCUUGGUCUCCUGCUGUUUUGAUGUGUUGAAGAAAUCAAGGGCAAACCUUCAGAGCCUCAAAGCAGAAAGGGAGGAGGCAAGACAUAGAGAGGAAAUAGCCCUCAGAGGCAAGGAUGUGGCAGAGACAGUGCUAGAGGCUUUCUGUGCACAUGCCAGCCAGCGAAUCAGCCAGCUGGAACAGGACCUGGCAUCCAUGCAGAAAUUCAGAGACCUUUUGAAGGAGACCCAGACCCAACUGAUGGGGCUUCACACAGAGCAAGAAGAGCUGAUUCAGCAGACAGUGGCUCUUACUUCUACCUUGCAACAGGACUGGAUAUCCAUGCAACUAGAUUAUAUAACAUGGACAGCUUUGCUGAGCCGGUCUCGACAACUCACAGAGAAACUCAUAGCCAAAAGCAGGGAGGCCCUGCAGGAACGUGAUGCUGCAAUUGAGGAAAGGCAGCAGGUUUCCAGGGAGCUGGAACAAGUCUCUUCUCAUUUAGAGGAUUGCAAAGGCCAAAUAGAACAACUGGAGUUGGAAAACAGCCGUCUAGCAACAGAUCUUCGGGCUCAGCUGCAGAUUCUGGCCAGCAUGGAGAGCCAGCUGAAAGAGCUACAAGGUCAGCAUGCCCAUUGUACCCAGAACCUGGCCAUGAAGGAUGAGUUGCUCUGCCGGCUCACCCAGAGCAGUGAGGAGCAGACUGCUAGAUGGCAAAAGGAAGAGAUGGCACUAAAAUAUGCACAAGCAGAGCUGCAGCAGCAACAGGAUGUUCUGGCCAAGGAGGUGCAGGACCUGAAGGAAACCUUGGAGUUUGCAGACCAAGAAAAUCAAGUUGCUCACCUGGAGCUGGGCCAGGUUGAGUGUCAGUUGAAAAACACACUGGAAGUGCUCCGGGAGCGCAGCCUGCAGUGUGAGGACCUCAAGGACACUGUAGAGAAUCUGAAAGUCAAACUGGCCCGCACUAUAGCAGAGAACCAGGAGCAAGACCUGGAGAAGACACGCCAGUAUUCCCAAGAGCUAGGGGUGCUGACUGAGCAACUACACAACCUGACCCUUUUCCUACAGACACAACUAAAGGAGAAGGCUGAGCCCAAGACCCUUCUUAUGAGCACAGCCUUUGCUCCUGCCCGGGAACACUCUCCACGCACUGACUGCACCUUCUUGGGAAGCAUCUUGACAGCAAUGACUGAUGAAGAACCAACAUCAGCUCCUGUGCCCUUGCUUGGAAGUGACAAGAGUGCUUUCACCCGAGUUGCAUCAAUGGUUUCCCUUCAGCCUACAGAGACCCCAGGCAUAGAAAAGAGCCUGGCAGAAAUAAGCACUAUCACUCUUGAGCUUCAGAGGCUGUGUUCCCUGCUGCAAGAGUCUAAAGAAGAAGCCGUCAGUACUCUGCAGCGAAACAUAUGUGAUCUGCAGGCUAGGAUGCAGGCCCAGGAAGAACAGCAUCAGGAGGCCCAGAAGGCAAAGGAAGCAGCCAUAGAGAAGCUGAACCAGGCCUUAUGCUUGUGCUACAAGAAUGAAAAGGAGCUCCAGGAAGUGAUACAGCAGCAGAAUGAGAAGAUCCUAAAGCAGAUAGACAAGAGUGGCGAGCUCAUAAGCCUCAGAGAGGAGGUGGCCCAGCUCACCCGCUCACUUCGGCGUGCAGAAACAGAGACUAAGGUGCUUCGGGAGACCCUGGCUGGGCAGCUGGACCCUGACUGUCAGCCUACAGCCACUAACUGGAUCCAGGAGAAAGUGUGGCUCUCUCAGGAGGUGGACAAGCUGAGGAUGAUGUACCUGGAGAUGAAAAAUGAGAAGGAAAAACUUAUGGCCAAGUUCCAGAACCAUAGAAACAUCCUGGAGGAGAACCUUCGGCGUUCUGACAAAGAGUUAAAGAAGCUAGAUGACAUUGUUCAGCAUAUUUAUGAGACGCUGCUGUCCAUCCCAGAGGUAGUGAGGGGUUGCAAGGAGCUACAGGGAUUGCUGGAAUUUCUGAGCUAAGUAACUGAAAGCUGGAACCUACUUUGCAUCCCAUUUUACCUGCAAUACCCUCUUACUUUAACACCAGGACCAAUGAGCAAAGAGCCAGCUGUUUGAAGCUAUUUAAAUAAAGUAUAUUUAAUGUAUUUCUUCACACUCACUGAAUCUUAUUUCUUGGAGGGGCUGGGCACAGCCUGGGCACCUUCACACAUCCCUCCACCUCCCGCGCUGCCUCCAGAGCCUUGGCGGUCUCCCCCUCUUUCCUUUCCUUGCUUCCCCAAUGCUCUGGGCACUGGACUGCUUGUUCCCUGGCUCAGGGCCUGAGGGGAACAGAAAAGGCCUCAUUCUCUUACCUCUCCCAUCCCCCUCCGGGUUAGGCGCUGAUGAAUAAGGGGGUGAGGGCAGAGAAGCUCAGUUUGUUACUCCCCACUCUGAACUCUGGCACUCUGUUGGUGCCUCUGUCCCACCUAGUCCACCAUUGUAGCUUUCCUUCACCAGACCGUGCUCAAUCCCCCAAAUCCCGCACGGUGCCCGGCACAUGGUAAAGGAGUGUGGCAGAAAUGCGGACGAGGGCAUUUCC